AUGCUUUCCAACGGGCUGGGCCUGGCCUACGACGCGCCCCUCCUGCCCCAGACGGGUGCGGCGCCCCAGGACCAGGCGAGUACAUUCUCCGGGACGUGCUCCCUGCUCUCCUUCCAGGGCGAGGAGGGCGUGCACGGCCUGUUUGACUUCCUGCUGAACGAGGCGUUCAGGGCCGCCGGGGACGAGGCGGACGUGCCCCUGCUCCUCGCCCCCGUCCCUUUUCUCCAUGGCGCCAUGGUGGCGGCGCGGCCCAAGCUGCUGAGCAGCGUGGAGGUACGGGGCGGCUCCGCGGCCUCCUCUCAGCAGUUCCGCGUGGAGCUGCGGAGCCUGACCCCCGCCUGGACGGUGGACCGGCUGGUGCAGCUUCUGGGCAGCCGCCAGCCCCUGUCCAUGGCCUGCGACACCCACCCACUGACCCUGGCCCUGAACUGGCCGGGGCCAGCCGACGCCGCGCAGGCGCGGGAAAGCAAGGCUUCAAGGGACGUGGGCGCGGCGCUCGUGCGCGGGGCCUGCAGCGCCGAGGAGGGCGAGCGGUGGGCGUGCCGCGGGGCCGGGCAGCCGAGCAUGGGCUGCAAUGUGCUGCGGGGCAUGGAGGCCGACGGCAGGGGCACCUUCACGGGCCUGCUGUCCUCCAAGUCCGCGGAGCACAUGCUUUGA